AUGAACUUCAUUACAAUGCAUUACGCGUUACAAUAUUACUUUGAGACAACAGAUAACCACGAAAAAGAGAGCUUGCUCUAUUUCCAAAGCUGUACACGAAACAGUGAAAUCUCAUCAAUCAAUUCACGAGUGAAGAAAAUGUUGAAACAAAAAGACUCUCUAAGGAGGUUUAAAGCACUCUUGUUGUUGCACUCAGUCCUUCAAAUGGAACAGAAUACUCUUUCCAAAUAUAUUGAUAAUAUUGAAACUGAAGAUAAACCAACCAAAGAACUGAUUGAUCAAAUUACUAAAUUGGUGUAUUGGGAACAUUUGUAUUCAAUUGUAAUUAACACUGAAAUGAAUAUUCGAAGAAAGUAUGACUUUUUGAAUGGCUCAUUUUCAGUGAUAAAAGGGACAUCAAUUCCAGUACAAUUAAGAACAUCAGAGUUCUGCGAUGAGUUUGAAAAGGAUGUUGCAGUGUUAUUCAUAUUAGUCGCAGACUUCGUAGAACAAAAGAUUAAAAACGGAGCAGAAAAUGUGUAUCUUCAAAAAGCCUGUGAUCUCUGCAUAAAGGAUUUGAUAUCUUUAUGUGAGUUGGUACUCAAUUUGGAUAACUACAAAGCGCUUCUUACUGAUUCUUUAAUCAACACUGAACAAGCUGAAUUGUGCCAAUCUCAUCUUAUUACAAUCAAAAAUGGCAUGAAGAAGUCAAAUGACUAUCACGGACAAUUAAAUAGAAUCCCACAAAUCACUGACUACAAAAAGAGCUUCACAAAAUUCAGUUGGUUCACAAAGAAGUUUCCAAUCACUCGAAACUUUAAUAAUUUGUCUGAAACUUCUUUGGAUGCAUUAGCUCCUGAGACCAGUAACAUUUUCAUAGUCGAGUAA